AUGGCCAGGGCGCUGACCCUCCCUGUCCGGCGCAUGUUCACCCUCCCCUCCUCCAGGCCGAGCCAGGCUGGACGCCACCCCCCCCCCAAGUCAGCUGUGUCUCCCCAGGGCCCCAAGCACUGGGAGAGCCACAGGGCAGGGGACGAGCUGCAUCAGCACGUGGCCUUGCUGCCCCUGGAGGGAGUCUCCUCAGAGACUGGCUCCGAGCCUCUGAAGGGCGGCCCGGCCGGGGAGGGGCCGCCCCGGCCGGGGAGGGGCCGCCCCUGCAGCUGGUCAGCACUCCCCCACUCUUGA